CAUACCUUCUAGCACCGCCCACUUUUGAGAAUAGGGAACCAAGUAUAAUUCGUAAGGAGGUCUGGCUGCAGAGUGGAGCUCCACCGAUGACAGGAAACACAUGACCUCCACUCCACUUUUUUUAUUUAUUUUUAUUACUGAACUUCAUUGGGAAUCUCUGCAGCUGGAGCGCCACAGGAAACAUGUGUCCUCCACCUUUUUUUAAAUGAACUGGGACAUGACAGAUAUCACAAUAGACAGUCCCCAAUAUCUAGCAAGAGAGACAGUCCCAUAUAUACAGCAAGAGACAUCCCCAAUAUCCAGGCAGCAUUAUAAGACAUCCCCACAUCCUGACAGCAGCAUUAAUAGACAGCCAAGCGGCCCCUAUAUUCAUCCAGCAGCAACACUGACAGUUUUAAAUAAUUACCAAAAUCAAUGUACAGUCUUCCUCAGGCAGUGAGCAGUCAGAAGUUUCAGGACAGGACACAACACUGCAGCUCUUCCUCACACUCACAGGAACAUCCCCUCUACUACAGGGAGACGCAGCGUGCAGCUGAUAUUGCUCCGCACUCCUAUCUCUUAAGGCUGCUGCCGGUACUAUAGGAGUCAUGUCGGCUUAUGUGGCCGCCAGAUGACUCUGAGGGCUGAGAGCUGCAUAAAACAAGCUAUAUAUUAAAAAAAAGCUCUGCUCCCUGUCAGAAGUACCAGAACUCAGUUCUGACACACACACACACACACUCACACACAAAAGCCCUAACAAUAACUGAAUAUAAUAGGAUUGUACUUAUCUUUCUUAGAUAAUAUAACAUUUAUAUUUGUAUUUCUUUUCUCUUUUGUGAUUAUAGAUCCGAAUGAACGUGAUGAAUAUGCUGACCAGCCGUUAGGCAAUGGGUACAGCCUGGAGCUAUUUCAACCUAUGGCGUUUGAGCCCACAACUGAAGAUACCAAAUCGGAUGAUACAAGUGUACCUGCGGAGUCACUGCUCACAACUGAAGAUACGAAGGUAGAUGAAAUGUAUCAACCUGCGGAGUCCAAGCUUGCAGGUGAAGAAACAAAGGCAGAUGUGACGUCUCAGCGCCCAGACACCCAGGAUACAGAUCCGAAUGAACGUGAUGAAUAUGCUGACCAGCCGUUAGGCAAUGGGUACAGCCUGGAGCUAUUUCAACCUAUGGCGUUUGAGCUAACAGUUGAAGAUACCAAAGCUGAUGAGAAGAAUUUACCUGCAGAGUCCAACCUCGCACCCGUGGAGCACAAAGCGGACGUGCUAUUUGCACCUGAGGAGCACAAAGCGGACGUGCUAUUUGCACCUGAGGAGCACAGAGCAGACGUGCUAUUUGCACCCGUGGAGCACAGAGCAGACGUGCUAUUUGCACCCGUGGAGCACAGAGCAGACGUGCAAUAUGCACCUGAGGAACCCAAAGGGGACGUGCAAUAUGCACCUGAAAAGUCCGAGCUUGCACCCGAGGAGCACAAAGUGGACGAGUCAUAUGCACCUGAAAAGUCUGAGUUCACAGGUGGAUGGCGGAUUGCAGUUGAGGAGGAUUUAGCUACAGGGUCCAAGCUGUCAGCUGAAGAUACCAAAUCGGAUGAUACAAGUGUACCUGCGGAGUCACUGCUCACAACUGAAGAUACGAAGGUAGAUGAAAUGUAUCAACCUGCGGAGUCCAAGCUUGCAGGUGAAGAAACAAAGGCAGAUGUGACGUCUCAGCGCCCAGACACCCAGGAUACAGGACUAGGUCAUGAUACUGAUUAUCAGUAUGUUCCAGCCCUGGGAAAGGACUAUGAACAUUCGGCCAUUUUGCCAGGUGGUCAGAGGAUGCUGGAUGAACCCGAAGGCCAAGAUUCCUCAGAAGAUGUCCGGGCUUGGUAUUACAUCAAGGUGCAAGUCCCUAUUUGGCUCCUGGCUAUCAUGACGGUGAUACUCAGUGGAUUUAUUUUAAUGUUGGUCGUCAUCUGCAUCUGCGUAGCAAAGAAUCAGUGGAAACACGGGAUACUGGAAAUGGAAAGUGAAGGGAGUAUUCGCCCCGUUUAGAAUACAACAAUUGGUGCUUCCAGCUAUAAAUAUAGACACAGCCAGGGGUGGUAGGGGUGGU